AUGACCUCGUUUGACAGCGGAAAUACUGGACACGGUAUCGCACACGGUGAGGCUCCGGCGCGAGAUGCGCAUGUCGAGGGAUUGGCAGGGCUGCGGGGAUCACGACUUGCUCGAAUUUCGAAGACUUACCAGAAACACAAAUCGCAAGGAGACUAUGCAAAUGCGAGGGUCGUCGGUCAGGCAAAGGGCGAAAGAGAGGCUUAA